GAAGGGGCGCGCGGGGGGCCUGCUUGAUGAUCCCGGCCCAAGUAGCGCGAGUGCGCGCGGCCGGAGCAUGAACGGCUGCUGAGCUGGAGGGCCCGGGAGGGAGGGCCGCGUCCCCUCCCCAGUGGGGGAGCCGGGAGCGAGCGAUGGUGCUGGGCGGCCGGGGGAGUGGAAGCCGCGAUGCCUCUGAAACGAGGCUGUCUCGGCACGGCCGCCGCCGCCGCAGCCUGGUCCUCGUGCUCCUCUCCGCACUGUGGUUGCCGCUGCCGCCGGCAGGCUCCGAAAGUCUGAGGGGGCCGAGCUUGGGUCCCUCUGGGGCACCCCUUCCCGCCGCCGGGCCCGGCCUGAGUGUCUACAUGAGCCAGGAGGAGGUGCGGCGUCUCAUCGGUAUUGAUGCAGAACUCUAUUAUGUGAGGAAUGAUCUUAUCAAUCACUAUGCCUUGUCAUUCAAUCUCUUAGUACCCAGUGAGACAAACAGCCUCCAUUUCAGUUGGCAUGCUAAGGCAAAGAUUGAAUAUAAACUGGGGUUUCAAGUUGACAACUUGUUGGCUAUGGAUAUGCCACAGGUAAAUAUUUCUCUACAAGGAGAAGUCCCUCGUACCCUAUCAGUGUUCCGGGUAGAACUCUCUUGCACUGGCAGGCUUGAUUCUGAAGUUACGGUACUUAUGCAGCUCAACAUGACAACAAAUGCUUCCAAAAACAUCACAGUUUUAAAUUUCAAACGGAGGAAAAUGUGUUACAAAAAGCUAGAACUAGAAGUAAAACCACCAGUAUCUGACAAAAAUAGCAGCAAACCUAUUUUUGAUCCUGUAAAUGCAGCUCCCACCACUUCUACUCGUGUGUUUUAUAUCAGUGUAGGAGUUUGCUGUGCAGUCAUAUUCCUGGUAGCAAUAAUACUAGCUGUUUUGCAUCUUCACAGUAUGAAGAGAAUAGAAUUGGAAGACAGCAUUAGUGACAGCAGCAGUUCUCAAGGCUUAUCUCAGCCUUCCACUCAAACAACACAGUACCUGAGGGCUGACACACCCAACAAUGCAACACCAAUUACUAGCUCCUCAGGUUAUCCUACUUUACGGAUAGAGAAGAAUGACCUUAAAAGUGUAACCUUGUUGGAGGCAAAAGCUAAAGUAAAGGACAUAGCGAUCUCCAGAGAGAGAAUAACACUAAAAGAUGUUCUUCAAGAAGGCACAUUUGGGAGGAUUUUCCAUGGAACUCUAAUAGAAGAAAAAGAUCCUAGUAAAGAAAAACAAAUGUUUGUCAAAACAGUAAAAGAUCAAGCCUCAGAAGUUCAAGUGACAAUGAUGUUGACAGAAAGCUGUAAACUCAGAGGCCUUCAUCACAGAAAUCUCCUUCCUAUCACUCAUGUUUGUAUAGAAGAAGGAGAAAAGCCCAUGGUGCUCUUGCCUUACAUGAACUGGGGGAACCUCAAGCUGUUUUUGCGGCAGUGCAAACUGGUAGAAGCCAACAAUCCUCAGGCAAUUUCACAGCAAGAUCUUGUACAUAUGGCUAUUCAAAUUGCCUGCGGAAUGAGCUACUUAGCUAGAAGAGAGGUCAUUCACAAAGACCUGGCUGCUAGAAACUGUGUCAUUGAUGAUGCACUUCAGGUAAAGAUUACAGAUAAUGCCCUGUCCAGAGAUCUAUUUCCCAUGGAUUACCAUUGCCUCGGAGACAAUGAAAACAGACCAGUGCGGUGGAUGGCUCUUGAAAGCUUGGUUAACAAUGAGUUUUCUGGUGCUAGUGAUGUGUGGUCCUUUGGAGUGAGCUUGUGGGAACUGAUGACAUUAGGCCAAACUCCGUAUGUUGAUAUCGACCCCUUUGAGAUGGCUGCCUAUCUAAAAGAUGGAUACAGAAUAGCUCAGCCUAUCAACUGUCCCGAUGAACUAUUUGCUGUGAUGGCUUGUUGCUGGGCGCUAGAUCCGGAGGAGAGACCCAAAUUCCAGCAGUUGGUACAGUGCCUCACAGAAUUUCAUGCAGCAUUGGGAGCCUACGUCUGACACAAGCGCAUGCCAUCUCUGCACUACUUACAAGGGGACCGUGGGUUCGCUUAACAUGAAGAUACAUAAUUUGGUGGAUCUAUUUAUACACUCUGAAACCUCCAUUCCAAACUCAUUAUGUGGAAGUAAAUGCAAAUGUUUUCAGUGGAAGGUCCACAUAAUAUGUUUAGGAAUCAGGAAGCCAGGGUAUACAGUAGCUACACUAGAAGAUAAAUUUCUUCCAAAUUCACUGUGCCUUAAAAUAGUCUAGCAUUUUUGUAAGACUAGGUUUUAUUCUACAUAUCAUGUGUUGAAAGCAAAACAUCUUAACUCCCAUCAGAAUUCAUGAAAUGUAGUUACCAUAGACAGGAAUUUCAGAGGUGUUUGAACUGGCACAUAUGGGGGGUACUUGUGUGUAAAACUGAACCAACAAAUUGUUUUUCCCCCAUCCCACCCCCAAAAUCUUUGUGUUGCCAUAUCAAAGUAUUUAAAUUGAUUUGACUGGUUUUGGUGUUCAGGUUUGUAGUGUAUCUGGAAUAGCCUCCUCUUUCUUCUUCUUUUUUUUUUUUUUGGUAUCAAUUGACUUUCUUUCUAGACGACAGCACAAUAUGGUUGGAACCACAAGUGGCCUUUUUUUGUGUUUUAACCCCGUUCUUCCAUAGCAGAUCUUAGGGAAAAAACUUGAAUGCGUUAUCUCCUUUAAGUAAACAAUCAUGUAAAACUGGUUCAAGUUUACCUCAUACACAGCAGUAAUAAUACAGAACCUUGUAUUGUGCAGACAGGAUGUUCCAAAUGGUAGAAGUGCCACAGC